CUCCAACUAAUUCUCCACGUGUUGCCCUCUAAAUUCUCCAUUAAUCCACGCGCUUAAACUCGCGUGGAUUUAGCUCUAUCCUCUAGCCUCGGUACCGUUAUUUCCCGCUAAAGACCUGUUCUAGUUUGACGCACACAUAAACCCAACUCCCUCCUCCUCCCUUCAUUUCACUUUUCAAUUACAGGGAUUUGCAGAAUUGGUGAGGCGUCAGCCAUGGAUGAAGAGUACGAUGUGAUAGUUCUCGGGACAGGUCUCAAGGAAUGCAUUCUUAGCGGUCUUCUCUCUGUUGAUGGACUCAAAGUAUUGCACAUGGACAGAAAUGACUAUUAUGGAGGAGAGUCAACUUCUCUCAAUCUUACACAGCUCUGGAAGCGUUUCAAGGGAGAUGAUAAGCCUCCAGAAGACCUGGGCUCAAGCAAGGAGUAUAAUGUUGACAUGAUUCCUAAGUUCAUGAUGGCUAAUGGUGGCCUGGUCCGUGUUCUCAUCCACACCAAUGUUACCAAGUAUCUCAACUUCAAGGCUGUAGAUGGUAGUUUUGUGUAUAACAAAGGGAAGAUCUACAAAGUUCCAGCAACUGAUGUUGAAGCACUGAAAUCACCAUUAAUGGGGCUAUUUGAGAAGCGCCGUGCAAGAAAGUUUUUCAUUUAUGUCCAAGACUAUGAAGAAAAUGACCCAAAGUCUCAUGAAGGACUGGACCUGAACAAAGUUACUGCAAGACAGGUUAUCUCAAAGUAUGGCCUAGAAGAUGAUACAAUUGAUUUCAUUGGCCAUGCCUUGGCACUCCACAUUGAUGAUAGUUACUUGGAUGAGCCAGCAUUGGAUUUUGUAAAGAGAAUGAAGCUCUAUGCAGAAUCUUUGGCACGGUUUGAAGGAGGAUCUCCUUAUAUCUAUCCACUCUAUGGACUAGGAGAAUUGCCUCAGGCAUUUGCUCGUUUAAGUGCUGUUUAUGGUGGAACUUACAUGCUCAACAAGCCAGAAUGUAAGGUAGAGUUUGAUGGCAGUGGUAAAGCCAUUGGUGUGACCUCUGAAGGAGAAACAGCUAAGUGCAAGAAAGUUGUUUGCGAUCCCUCUUAUUUGCCAGAUAAGGUUAAAAAGGUUGGAAGAGUUGCUCGUGCGAUAUGUAUAAUGAGCCAUCCCAUCCCUGAUACUCAUAAUUCCCACUCAGUACAAGUGAUUUUACCUCAGAAGCAACUUGGUCGUAAAUCCGAUAUGUACCUCUUUUGUUGCUCAUAUGCUCACAAUGUAGCUCCCAAGGGAAAAUUCAUUGCUUUUGUUUCAACAAUAGCAGAGACUGACACACCUGAGGUAGAACUGAAGCCUGGAACUGAUCUACUGGGACCUGUAGAUGAGAUAUUUUAUGAUAUUUAUGACAGAUAUAUCCCAGAAAAUGACAGUGAAGCUGACCACUGCUACAUAUCUACCAGUUACGAUCCAACAACACACUUUGAAAGCACAGUGAAUGACGUGCUUGCAAUGUAUAGUAAGAUUACCGGAAAGACUCUUGAUCUAACUGUGGACCUCAGUGCUGCAAGUGCUGCUGCUGAAGAAUGACGUUCUUCUAAGCUUUUUACUUUACAUGCAAAGCCAUAAGCAGAGGGGCUUAAUUCUCCCUUCUGCUUUCAUUUUUUUUAUAUGCAAAAACCAAACUAGCUACAUUUUUAAUAUUUAAUUCUCGUUUUAUUUGUAUCAGCUGCAUCCCAAAAUUAUGAUUGGGUUGGCUCUUGAGCUUGGGAUCACAAGGACAUUUGUUUACUUCUCCUUUUAGUCUUGCUUUAAAUGAAUUAAAUAGUUGCUU